UUAACCUUGAUUUAAUCUUUAGAAAUGGAAAUAUCAUUUAUUAUUGUUAGCACUAAAAGAGUGUUUAUUCAAUGACAAUGGAUCAUCUUCAACAUUAUCAGAUCCAAGAAAAUCAAAUAAUUUUGUAGCCAUUUUGUUGAUGAUCAAAAAGAAAGAGAUUUUUUGAUGUUUUUAAAAGUUUUAUCAUUUCUGAUGCUUUUUAUUCAAUUAGUUCAAAUCUUUCUUGUUUAGUAAAUUAUGUUGUUGAUCUGAAAAUUUAGAGAAAAAUCCGUUUCCUUAAAUGAAAAUCAAAUGAAAUUUCAAGUUCGUUAUCUUUUGUAAUUGAUUUGAUUGAAUUUCAAUUAUAUAAGACUAAAAAAAUAUUGUAAAAAGAAAUGUUUUGUAUGAAAAUAUAUAUUUAUAGUUCUUUUUUUCUUAUUCGCUUUUAGUAUUAAUUAACAAGUUAGCUCUAUGAAGUUUAUUUAAGCAUCGAAUUUUAUUUUGAUUUAGAUCCCGUUUUGAAAAUUUAGAAAAUGAAACUAUUUAUGAAAUAUUUCAAUAUCUUGAUAUUUAUGAUGUUUACGAACAAUUUUAUUUUAUCUUAAUCAAUGAUUAAUAAGUUUAAUUGUCAAUAGAAAUUUUUUAAUUCAAAUAAAUAUUAUAACAAUGUCAAAAUCAAAUAUUAUCUUUAUCAAAUCCAUUUACUGUUAAGAUUAUCUUCUCGCCACCACACAUUAUUUGUGAUUAUAUUCAACUUGAAACAUUAAUUUAUGAUAAUAUUUAUGCAAAACAUCUUAAUAACAUUCUUUAAGAUUUUAUUUAUUUAUCAAAAUUACAUUCAUUAGUUUUUAGUCUUGUUGAUUAUGUUCAAGAUCCAUGUAUUCUUUUUCAUCAUAUAUUUCGUUUAUCGAAAUUAACAUGUUAUAAAAUUAUAUAUCAAAUAAAAUAUGAUCAACAACUAAUGUCAAUUUAUUCGACUGACUUUACACUUAGUCCUAAUGAAUAUUUUGUAUUUAAUAAUCGUUUUUCAAUUGAUUCAGGAUCUAAUUAUCAAAAUAUUUAUCAAGAUUCUAUUACAUUAGAAUAUUUCAAAUAUGUUUCUAUUAAAGUUGAUAAUAUACAUUUCAAUUUAUUCCAAAAAUUAAUAAAAUAUUUCUUUCGUUGUGUUGCAGUUUUACGCCUUAUAGAAUAUGAUCCAACUUUAUCUUCAAUGGCAAAUUUACGUAUUUUUCAUCUAUAUCAUACUAGUAUUAUACAAAAUAAUGACUUAAUAUAUCUUCUUUUAAUUUAUUAA